CCCGGCUUGGGGAAAUAACGCGAUCGCCGUCCCAUCGUUGACAAGUUCCGGGUAAAAAGUGGGAGGAUGACCUCAGCGCGUCGGCUCGAGGUAAACAGCGUUGGUCGCGGCGGCCAUGGCUAGCGGCAGCUGCUAAUCGAGUCAGCGACGACAUAGAAUGGCCAGAAAAGCCGAGGACCUCCUCGAUUCAUGGCUGUGACUCCCGUCGAACAUUUUUUCUUCUUCUUACAGUAUCUUCAUCCUUUGAUCUCGACUGUUGUCCUCAGCCAUGUCGUCGCGCGUGUUGCUGCGGCAGCAGCUCAUGCGAGAGCAAGCCCAGGAGCAGGAGAGACGAGAGGCCCAGCAGCAGGCCUCCGCCUCUCAGCUGCGGCCCGCCGACUCCACUCCCGCCAUCUCCGUCUCGCUGCCCGCAAAUGCCGCCCGCCCGCCUCCAGCGCAGGUGCCCGUGGAGGUGCUGAAAGUGCAGAGCCACCUCGAGAACCCCACCAAGUAUCACAUCCAGCAGGCGCAGAGGCAACAGGUGAAGCAGUACCUCUCCACCACUCUGAGUAACAACGCCGUGACUCAGACGCUCGGUGUAUCGCCUGUGCCACAGUGCAGCUCCGCCCCCGAGGUUGCCCUCACCGCCAGCAGCGCCCCUAACAGCCCGAUGGCCCUACUUAACAUCGGUUCCAACAAGGAGGAAAUUGAAGACGUUAUCGAUGACAUCAUUAGUCUGGAAUCCAGUUUUAAUGACGACAUCAUUACAUUGAUUGACUCGGGUCUUCAGUUGCCUAACACGCUCCCGGGAAAUCUGCUGGAUGUGUACCACAGCCCUGGAAUGGCAGCGCCCACUCUCACCGUCAGCAACUCCUGUCCUGCUGACCUUCCAAAUAUAAAAAGGGAAAUCACGGGUACGCUACAAUCUGGGCCGUCUACUCGUAUGUGCGGCGCAAGUGCAACAGUUUCACGGGAUCUGCCGAGUCAUUUCAUGGAAAACAGCUUUUGUCUUUCAGAUAGCGAUACCAAAGCUUUUAUGAGGGAACGGCAAAAGAAAGACAACCACAACUUGAUCGAGAGGAGACGGCGAUUUAAUAUCAACGACCGUAUAAAGGAGCUCGGUACGCUCAUCCCCAAGUCGAGCGACCCCGAGAUGCGCUGGAAUAAAGGCACCAUAUUGAAGGCCUCGGUGGAUUACAUCCGCAAGUUACAGAAGGAGCAACAGCGAGCCAAGGAUGUUGAACUGCGCCAGAAGAAAUUGGAGCAAGCCAACCACAGCUUAAUGAUGCGCAUCCAGGAGCUGGAAAUACAGGCCCGUGUCCACGGUCUCUCUUCCCACGCCGCCGGCCUCUCCUCUGGCCUGCUCCAGCAGCAGCAGCAGCAAACGCUUCCAAACGGCCAGUCCCUCCACCCCGGCGCGGAGGCACCGUCCGGGCAGAACCUCCUGGGUCUGGGCGCGGCGGCUAUCGCUCAGCCUUUGCCCAGCGCCUUCCUCUCCCCGCCUUCGUCGGACGCUCCCGCCGGGGUGACCGUCGGCAGCCCUUUGGACUUGGGCGCUUUGAGCUUUGCCGAGCUGGAAGACGCCUCCGCUUCGGCGCUUUACCCCGACGUGGGCUUGGGGGACAUUCUCAUGGACGAAGGGUGCGCCCUGUCUCCAGAGGCGGCGGUCCGGCCCCUCUUCUCUCCUUUGUCACCGGGUGCCUCCAAAAGCAGCAGCCGCAGGAGCAGCCGCAGGAGCAGCCUUGAGAUGGAGGAGGACUUGUGAUGCGCCCGCACAGACCGAACGUCGGCAUGCCGUCUGUCUCUGACGUGAGGUGCGUCCGUCGGCGGGACCGUUUGACCAGAAUUGUGUUCAAGUAAAUCUUCCUGCAGGAAAUGCUAGUGAGACCAACCGAUCCCUGACCCCUCCUUGUCCCGGUAUACACUGAAAUCUUAUUGAUCCUAUUUGGAGCCGGCUGUGUGGAAGUGCAAUGGUAUAAAAAUAUAAAUAUUGUACACUUCGAGCAUAGGUUGUCAAAGUCAGGUCCUGGAGGGCCGCCGUCCCGCACGUUUUCCAAGUCUCCCCGUUGCAACGCAGCCGAUUCAAAUAAUCAGAUCAUCGGCCAGCUCCGAAGCGGCAUUGGAACGAUCUUGAUGAUUUGAAUCGGGUGUGUUGCCCCUUGGCAAAUCUGGAAAACGGGCAGGACAGCGGCGGCCCUUGAGGACCCACUUUGGACACCCCUGACUUAGAGGGUUGCUUACAUGUAUAUUAACAUUCUUACAUAUUUUAUAAGAUUUCAGAGUAAUAUAUAUUUUGGCCUGAAUUUAUUAUGUGGUCAUACACAGGGAAAGAUUUUUUUUCUGGCCUUAAUAAUGUGGCAGUAUUGGAGAAACCCAAUAAAUGCAGGGAUGCAUUUUUUUUUUUUUGGACAGCAAUCAGAGUUUGCACACUUGUCCUUGUUGGGAUGUCUUGGUCAGGGGGUGGGGACAAAAGGGAUAUGCUUAAUGUACUUAAAGGGAAUUGGUACAUUGUGAAAUACUUUGCUCCCCUCAUGGUGUAUAUAAGGAUAUUUUAUUUUCCAGCAAUUUAUUGCACCUUACGUUCUUGCAGUCUAUGCAUUUUCUGAGAGAUCCGUUCUACGACGACGACGACACACGGUGGGCGCACAUGUUUUUAUGAGCAGCUUAAGAGCUGCUCCUGUUGCUGCUGCUAGUUAGCCAAAGCAGGACUUCGUAAGUGUAGCUGCAGUGCAAAACACAAAUCACUCUUCUAUUUUUCAAUAUGUUCCGCGUCACAAUAAAACCGAGAGAUGCGUUUGAUUCGUUUACAGUACGUUCAUCCUCUUUUUGAUACCUGGAUAAUUGAUUGAAGUGUUGUUUGUUUCUUGUGACUAAUGAUUGGUCAUCUCCAAUAACCUUUGGUGAUCACUGGCUGAUUUUUACCCGAGAUUUGUUUCCAGUUUUUUUUUUUUUUGUUCUUCUGGACAUACAGUAUGUCCAAUGGGCUAUAAAUUGGAUUGGAUACGACUUUGUCAAAUGUGCUGUAUAUGGAACAUACAACACAGAUGACAUUUCUUCCCUCUCAACAGAAUUCACUGUGUUCCAAGUACAAUUAUUAUUAUUAUUUUUGCACAAACCACUAUUUUGCAGGUGUACCAUGAAGUAGUGAUAAACUUCAAAGAGGCAUUUAAUUCAUCAAAUACAUCAUGCAACUCAUUUAAUGAACGUGUACCUAUGCAUGUUUUUCCAACACUGAUGUCACGCUAUUUGAGAAUAUGUUUCAGAAUAUAAUUUUAAAAGUUGUGCGUUUGGAUUCAGUUUUCUUGGUGUUAUAGUCCUACAUGAACUGAAGCAACCCAAUUAGUUUUCAAGGCACGUUGACUAAUGUUGUCCUCUAUCUGCAAGUGUUCUGAGGCAAAAGGAAAAAAAAAACUCAAAUUAGCUUGUUUUAAUGCCCCUGAUUGUGCAGUUAUAAAAUCAAGCACCAUUUUUUUUUAUCUGCUCUGACAUAACUACUUUGCAAAACUUGAAGCACAUCCAACCUUUCACAUCUAUGAACAUUGUAUGUCCCUGGUCAAAUGUACUUUUUUUUGGGUCAUGCUCAAAGAAAUCUCUCUGCAAAUUUCAACAAAUAAAUUCUUCUUUUAGGC